CUCUCUUCUGGUUAUCUGACACAUUACAGGAGUCUGAAGCCACGUCCAUCUCUCCGCACACAGAUUAUCAGCACAUCAGGAUAAUGAGUACACUUCCUUAGUGUCUUACAGCCUGGACCAUGGAGGAUAAAUUUGUCUCUACGUUACAUCCUUAUGUGGACAUUGGGGCAGGGAUCUAUUUGUUAUUCAUAGCUGUGGUAACCAUAGUUGGGAACGUGGUUGUGCUGGCCACAGCUGUGAAAUGUUCCUCCCACCUGAAGUCACCUGACCUCCUGUCUAUAAACCUAGCAAUAACUGACUUGGGUAUGGCAUUCAGCAUGUACCCCUUAGCCAUCGCCUCUGCCUGGAACCAUGUGUGGAUUGGAGGGGAGCCUUCCUGCCAGUAUUAUGGAUUUGCCGGCUUCUUUUUUGGCGUAGCAAGCAUGAUGACCCUUAUGGCAAUGGCUGUCAUCCGAUACCUAAUGACCAGCGCCAUCACAACCAUCAGCGUCACAAUAAAGAAGAAAAUAAUAUACAUUGUAAUUACCUGCAUAUGGAUCUACGCAUUGCUCUGGGCAUUACUCCCACUGGUGGGCUGGGGUCACUACGGGCCUGAACCGUUCGGUGUAUCCUGCACUAUCGCCUGGGCCGAAUUCCACGAUUCCACCAGCGGGUUUUCGUUCAUUCUCAGCAUGUUCGUCUUGUGCACCAUGGCCCCCGCUAUAACGGUUGUCACAUGUUAUAUAAGGAUAGCAUGGAAACUCCAUAAGGCCUACAAGGAGAUUCGCAGCUACAACAGGAUCCCGCACACUGCCAAGGUGGAGAAGAGACUGACCGCGAUGGCAAUUCUCGUGAGCAUCGGAUUCCUGGUUUUCUGGACCCCUUAUGCCUUCGUCAGCUUCUGGUCUGUAUUCCAUUCCAGUGCACACAUCCCACCGACUGUCUCGCUGCUCCCCUGCCUCUUUGCCAAGUCCUCCACCGCCUUCAACCCCAUCAUCUACUACACCUUCAGCAAAAUGUUCCGGCAGAAGGUUAAACAGCUAAAGUGCUGCUGUGGGUGGAGGAUCCAUUUAUCGCAGUCUAAAAGCACUGUAGAGAUUCCGGAAGUGUCCGUUAUAUGGGCGGCAAGAGACAACAUACAGAUUUCUUCUGCUCUUAGAACCAAUAAAGGACAGUCCAGCACGACUAUGAUACAAUGAGCUCUGCUUACUCCAAUGAGGCCUUUAAAUGGACCGGUCACCUACACAGACACAGAGUGGAGGCGGCCAUUUUGUUGGUUGAACCAAUCCGAAUGACAAUAGGGCCUGCUGGGUCACUAGUACCUCACUGAUGUCUCUUGUUUCUAGCCACAUCUGUCAGUUCACGUUGUGCCUCAGUAGUGAGCUCAUAGGCUAGCUUGUGGAACCACACAGAUGGCAGUUUACAGGGUACGUUGUUCUACCCACAGAUGGCAGCCUCCACCCAUGUGUGAUAACUCACCUACUGAUACCCCAGGCUUCACUUCUACUCCAUCACCACACGGACCCUCGUCACUUUGGCUACCAACAGGAGUGAAUACACAGUCACCGCACUACAGUGAUUUCAAGGCGUAUUGCAGGAGCUCUUUCUGCAACUAACUAUUGCAGAGCAGCUUGUGACUUAGGGGUCUAUGGGGCAGAUGUAUUAACC